UAAUCGCUAUUUGAACUUGACGCAGCCAGCUACCUUGAUGCCAUUAACUUAGUCUAUACUAUAAUAUUCUGCUACACGUAGCGCUAUAAACUUAGCUCGUUAGUUUGAAUUAAGUACAAUAUACCUAAGGUUAGAUAGGUAGGCCCAUCGCUGGAAGAAGCGAGUCGCACCCCAAAUAGGCUAUUAGUAGUACUGCAUUUUAUUCAGAAUACGGCUCUGUAUUCUUAACAUUGGAUGUCUCCCUUGUGUUGACUUUGUCCUAAUACUGCACCGGAAACUCCUGUUACUAACCAAAGCUAAAGAGCGCCUCCUGUUAAGAAAAACUGAACACGGAAGGACCGAACCACAAAAUCUGCUUAUUGGAGAGGUAGUAAAUUCCCCUAACAAAAGUGGAACCUUUUGCCAACGGCCACCUUCCGUUCUCGCUUUAGAGUUCCACGAUGGUUAAGUAUUUCUUCUGCGACACUGACAUCAAGAACGCAUGGGACCACGUUUGCUCAGCCUUCUGGCAGAGGUACCCCAACCCAUUCAGCACCCACGUUCUUACGGAGGACGUGGUCUACCGCGAGGUCACGCCGGACCAACAGCUUCUCUCCCGACGCCUCCUGACCAAGACCAAUCGGCUCCCUCGCUGGGCUGAGCGGGUCUUUCCGGCAAACCUGUCCCGCUCCGUUUACAUUGUGGAGGACUCCAUUGUAGACCCCGGCAACAAGAACAUGGUGACGUUCACCUGGAACCUCAACCAUACCACACUAAUGGUGGUGGAGGAGCGCUGUUGGUACCAGCAGAACCAGGACCGGCCCGGCUGGACCCAGCUCAGGAGGGAGGCGUGGAUCACCUCAGGGGUGUUCGGUUUCUCCCGGCCCAUCCAGGAGUUCGGCCUCGCCCGUUUCAAGAGCAACCAGACCAAAGCCAUGAAGGGCCUGGAGUACGCACUGUCUAACCUGCAUGGAGACGCCCCCCAGCGCCCCCCCAGAGACACGGUCAGGGACGCGUCGGAGAAGGCCAAGGAGACCGCGAUGGCCGCUACAGAGAAGGCCAAGAACCUGGCCUCCGCGGCCAGCCCCAAGAAACCACAACAGUUUGUGUAGCGUGGACACGCGUUCACAGCUGAGCCAGGCACACGCGCACACACACACGUGCACACGCGCCACGUGCACGCACACACACUAUUGUGUCCACGUCUGCUGAUGAAAUGUGACUUUAGUUUUAUUUUUUUCCCCCGUCGCUUCAAAAACUCGUCGAAGUCGUGUUAUGCUGUUUCUCGGGGUUGUUUUUAAAAAUUGGGCCGCUGAGUUUUGAAGUUUAAGAAGCGGCCCCUUUUUAAGGUUCGUGGUGACUGUGGCUGAAUGGCGGGAGCAAGCUUUUAAAUGUCCCCCAGUUCUCGAUUUGCUCUUCCGCUACUUUUGAGCUGGUUUCUGACAACACAUUCACUUAUUUGUCCUGGGGAAAUCUGACAAUAUUGACACUCACACUCGCACCCACGCUCACACACAAACACACUCACGCUCACAUACACACACGCUCACACACACACAUGCGCUGACACACAUGCUCAUACAAACACACACACAAACAAACACACAGCAUAAUGAUGAGAACAAGCCAUUCUGCUCAACAAUCCUCACCAUUUUCCUGACUAAAGUAGUGCUCUGAUUACCGACAGACUAGAUGGUAUCUAACACUGUAUCAAGCCUGGUCUUGAAAAUCCCCAGAGUGUCUGCCUCUACUACAUGACCUGGCAGGCUGAUCCACAGACUGACUACUCUCUGCGUGAAGAAAUCGUCUGUCCGGAAUUCACUUCUUGCUCAUUUUCAUUUGUGUCCCCUCGUUCUACUAACCGUACUCAACCUGAAGAGCCUCUCGUAGUUCAUUUUGUUGAUCCCCUUUAUAAAAGCCUCAAUCAAAUCACCCCUGAGUCUCCUUUUGCUAAGCUUGAAGAGAUAAAGCAUCUUAAGUCCUCAUAGCUUUUAUCUUUCAUGCACACGCACGCACGCGCGCACACACACUUGAACUGGGAUAACUUAUUCCUUUGUCUGUGGGAUGUUCGUGCACUACAGUUCUGGACCUGUGGACUCUGUCUUAAGGGUUUACUAACGUUCCUCUUUGAAGUCUCUCAUUGUUGGCGUUGAGUCGCUCAGGUUCUAUACAGUUGCACACAACAAUGACCGUCUGCAUCCUAAUGUUUACUGCGACUGCUACAUAUCAUCGGUCCCUUUCUGAGCCUGGAAUAGUAUGCAUUUGACCCGUUUAAAAUGCAGAAUCAAGCACGCACACAAGUGAAGGCAUGCAGCUGCAUGCAUGCUUCUGCAGAAAAGCAGGUGGCAGUGAUGAUACUUAAUGUUAGUCUCAGGGUGCAGUCUCUUACUAUUAUUAAUAUUAUUGUUUUAGAUUUAUUCUGUUGUUUCAGACAUGUAAUCAUGAUCUGGAUACUUGUACAGUAUCUAUUGUCCAAAAUAUUGUUUUUUUAGUUUUUAUUUGUGCUAUUCAUAUGUGCAUUUCAAUUAUCUUUUUUUUUUAUUUCGAAUUUGCCUUCAUAAUGUUACUAGUGGAUUUUCCUUUUGUACGUAUGUUCUUGAUUUAAAUUAAUAUCUCUGUAUGCCUGUGUUCUUAUGUUUUUAUGUAUUUAUGGCAUUCCUGUUAAGCAGAUGGAGUUUACGUCUGCAACCCUUAUGCAGAUUAUUAUAGUUCUUUUGAAUACAACAAUGUUUCAAUUGUU